AUGGCGCCAAUCAAGCGCAAGGGCACCGCUGGAGAUGAUUCCAGCACGAAGAAGCGUGCUCGCGUUGGUGCGGAUGAGAAGAAGAAAGACCAGAGCAAGCAGAAUGGCAGAGCUUCCGACAUCUCGAAGGAGCCAUCCGCCAGCGCUGUUCAGAAGGCAUCCGAGCUUUCGGUGGUUCGCGACGAAGAACCAUCUUUUCCCCGUGGCGGCGGAAGCGUUUUGACUCCCCUCGAGCGGAAACAAAUACAGAUACAGGCAACCCGCGACGUGCUAUUUGAACAGAAAGGCUCUGGGAAGGCGGCCGAUGGCCUCGAGGAUGAAGACGCAGUUUCCGAUGUUGAGAUGCAGGAUACAGAAAAGGGGGCUUCUAAGACGAAGAAGACCCGCAAGGCAAAAAGCAAAAAGCGAGAGGAUCAGGGAACGUCCGCCAAGCAAGGCGUGCGCAUUGAAGGCCUGAGCUUCAAGCGCAUUGUUCCCGGGACUAUGGUAUUAGGCCAGGUCUCCAGCAUCAACGCCCACGAUAUCGGUCUUGCCUUGCCCAACAACCUUACUGGCUACGUCCCGCUUACGUCGAUCUCGAAGGGCUUGGACCAGAAGAUUGAGAAGCUUCUAAAUGAGGGAGAAGACGACGAAGAGGAUGAAAGCGAUGAAUCAGAAGAAAAUACUCUGGAUCUGAAGGCAUAUUUCCACCUGGGUCAAUACCUGCGAGCCUACGUCACCUCCACAGGGAGCGCGGCCACGGAUACCGCAGCAGCCAAGAGCAAAAAGAGGAUCGAGCUUUCAAUUGAUCCAAGACAAACGAAUUCCGGGCUUUCGAAGUCUGAUCUGGUCGAAAACACUAUUGUCCAAGCUUCGGUCGUGAGCGUCGAGGACCAUGGGCUGGUCAUGGAUCUUGGCCUAGAGGAAUCCGACAUGAAAGCUUUUAUGUCUUCUAAGGAGGUCGAUCCCGCUGUGGAUUAUUCGAGCAUCAAGGAAGGAACAGUGUUUCUGUGUAUUAUCACGGGCUUCAACGCUAGUCGAACUGUCGUCAAGCUUUCCGCCAACCUUCGAACCGCUGCAUCGAUCAAGAAGUCUCACUAUCUAAGCUCCGCGCCCACGAUCAAUUCCUAUCUCCCAGGAACAGCGGCAGAGAUUCUCCUCACCGAUGUCUCGUCCAACGGAAUGGUCGGGAAAAUCAUGGGCCUGUUGGAUUCGACUGUCGAUCUAGUGCAUUCCGGCGCAAACUCGGGGGCCGUUGACCUCACCAAGAAGUACCAUAACGGUGCAAAAAUCAAGGGCCGGAUCAUUUGUACUUUCCCGGCUGCUGAACCUUUCAAAGUCGGCUUUUCGGUCUUGGAUCACAUCCUGAAGUUCACCGCUGCUGACCAUAGUUCGACUCCGUCGAGUCCAGCCCCCGCAAUAGCAGCAAUUGUACCCGAUGCCAAAGUCGUCAAAGUGGAUCCAGGCCUAGGACUCUACGUGGAAAUCGGGUCCUCGAAGCAUUUAGGGUUUGUCCAUGUUUCCAAAGUCUCUGAUGGAACCGUUGAGUCCAUUUCUUCGGAACAGGGACCAUUUAAGGUUGGCUCAGUUCAUGAAGCGAGAAUCAUUGGUUACAACGCGUUAGAUAAUCUUUUCCUCUUGUCCUUUGAAAGGAGCGUGAUUGAUCAGCCAUUUAUCCGCCUCGAGGACGUCACAGUCGGUGCCGUCGUCAAAGGGAAGAUCGAGAAACUCAUAAUCGGGCCUAAUGGCAUUGAUGGAAUAAUUCUGUCAUUAGCGGAUGGUAUCACUGGAUUGGUGCCGCCGAUGCACUUUGCAGACGCGCAGCUCCAACACCCCGAAAAGAAGUUUCGGGAAGGCAUGACGGUCUCGGCCAGGGUUCUUUCUGUCAACCUCGAAAAACGUCAAAUACGACUGACCCUGAAGAAGAGUCUUCUCAACAGUGAGUCCGCCAUCUGGAAAGACUAUAAUGACAUCGUGCCUGGAGCCCAGUCUCCAGGGACGAUAGUGAAUAUUCAACCCCACGGCGCUGUGGUUCAAUUCUACGGUUCAAUACGAGGGUUCCUCCCCGUCUCUGAAAUGAGUGAGGCCUACAUCAAAGAUCCUUCGCAGCACUUUAGACAAGGCCAGGUCGUCAAUGUCCACGCGUUAAGUGUGGAUGCUUCUCUCGGUAAGCUAGUUGUCUCUUGCAAGGAUCCCUCGACGUUUUCGGAAAGUUACAGAGAGGCCUUUGAUGAAAUUCACCCUGGGCUUCUCGUGACUGGCACUGUUUUUGAGAAAUCAAGUGACGACGUUCUUCUGAAGCUCGAGAACUCCGGUGUAAUUGCUCGGUUAGAUGCGCAUCAUCUUGUUGACAGCUCUGCGUCAAAGCAAAGCUCUGCCCUUGCAAAGAUCAGGGUGGGACAAAAGCUGUCUGAUCUUUUGGUCCUUGAUAUCAAACGAGCACAUCGACUCAUCAAAGUGACAAACAAACCAAGUCUUAAGAAAGCGCUGAAGCAAGGAGUUCUUCCUGGGAAAUUCGAAAACCUUCAAGAAGGUGCACAAGUCACAGGUUUCAUCAGGAAUAUAACUUCACAAGGAAUUUUCGUCGAAUUCCUUGGCGGCCUCACCGGGCUUCUUCCGAAGCGUCUUAUCUCUGACGAACAUCUUGAUCAACCGGAUUUCGGCAUGCUCAGAUCGCAGCCUAUCUCUGCUACGGUCCAUCAAAUUGAUCGAGACUUCCGGAGGUUUACGCUAACCAUGAAGCCGGAAGAACUUCCGUCCUCGGUACUGAAGGAGCGAACAAACCCGGCUCCAAAACCAGCUCCAAAGGUGGACGACCUCAUCACGAAUCCUGUCGAUGAGAAUAUCAAGUCAAUAGCAGACUUCACAUUCGGGAAGGUCACAAAAGCCAGAAUCGCCUCAGUCAAGGAAACGCAAAUCAAUGUCGUCUUGGCGGACAACAUACAGGGCCGCAUAGACGUAUCCGAGGUGUUUGAUCGAUGGGAAGAUAUUAAGGAUCGCAAACAACCCCUGAAAAUCUUUCGAGCCAAACAAGUCCUCCCGGUGCGGAUUCUCGGAAUUCACGACGCUCGCAGCCACAAAUUCUUGCCUAUCAGUCAUCGUAUCGGCAAGCAUCCAGUUUUCGAGCUUUCUGCUAAACCAAGCUUUAUCAACGCCGAAGAUCCUAAUCCUUUGAGCUUGGACCAAGUAAAAGUGGGUUCAUCAUGGAUUGGAUUUAUCAAUAAUAUAACAGACGAAUGUCUUUGGGUCAAUCUAUCGCCUAAUGUGCGUGGACGGCUACGUGCUAUUGACUUAACUGAUGAUCUGUCCACCUUGGCCGACAUUGAGAAGAACUACCCCGUUGGCUCUGCGUUGAAGGUCCAUGUCACAGCGGUCGACCUAGAAAAGGGCCAUCUAGAUCUUUCAGGGAAACAAGGAGCUGCCAGGGAACUGUCUCUCGACAAGCUUUCGAAAGGAAUGAUCUUACCAGGAAGGGUCACGAAGGUCACGGAGAAGCAAAUACUCAUACAGCUUAGCGAUACGCUUGUUGGUGCUGUCAACCUCAUAGAUAUGGCCGAUGAUUAUUCCAAAGCCGAUCCGUCAAUGUAUCGCAAGAACGAAGUUCUCCGGGCUUGCAUCGUUGACAUCGAUAAACCUAACAAGAAAAUAUACCUGUCAUUACGUCCAUCGAAGGUCCUCAGCUCGUCUCUUCCUGUCCAAGAUCCGGAGAUCCUGUCAGUCAGUCAGCUGAAAGUGAACGAUAUUGUCCGUGGAUUUGUACGGAGAGUAGCUGACAACGGGCUCUUUGUCACUUUGGGCCACAAUGUAACCGCCUACGUCCGUGUUUCAGACCUGUCUGACUCGUACCUCAAAGAGUGGAAGGACGCGUUCCAGGUGGACCAGCUGGUGAAGGGAAGAAUUAUCUUCGUGGAUCCAGAGACCAACAAAGUACAAAUGAGUCUCAAAGAGUCUGUUUUGGAUCCUAACUACAAGACGCCUAUCACACUUCGAGACUUAAAGCCUGGUCAGAUCGUGACCGGAAAGGUACGAAAUGUGGAAGACUUUGGCGUGUUCAUAGUGGUCGAUGGCUCUGCAAAUGUCAGCGGUCUCUGUCACCGCAGUGAAUUGGCUGAGCACCGUGUUGAAGACGCCCGGAAGCUGUACGAAAAAGGGGAUGCUGUAAAAGCCAAGAUUCUGAAAAUUGAUUUAGAGCAAGAAAAGAUCUCUUUUGGUCUGAAGGCAUCCUAUUUUGAAGACGAAGACGAAGAGGAUGUGGACAGUAGUGCUGGCAAGGAGUCUGAUGAUGACGUGUCGAUGAGCGAGGCAGGUGGAGUCGACCUUGAGAGUGACGACGCUGAUAGCGACGAAGGCAUCACUCUGCAUGAUGCAGGGUCAGAAAGUGGUAGUGAGAGUGAGGCUGAAGAGAGCGAUAAAGAUGAGCCCAAGGCAAAUGGAAGACCACAGGACGAUAUUGAGGGUCUUGACGCGGGCGGCUUCGACUGGACGGGAAAUAUUGGCGGCAAUGACGCUGAUGUGGCAGGUCCAUCUGAUUCCGAUAACGAAGCGGCUACCAAGAAGAAGAAACGGCACCGCAAACCGGAGAUUCAAGUCGACCGGACGGGUGACUUGGACGCCCGUGGCCCGCAGUCUGUGGCUGAUUAUGAACGUCUCCUGCUUGGAGAACCAGAUUCGUCAGUCCUGUGGCUUCAAUAUAUGGCUUUCCAGCUAGAACUCGGAGAAGUGGACAAGGCACGAGAAAUUGCAGAACGUGCCAUUCGCUCGAUCAGCAUUGGUCAGGAGACUGAGAAGUUGAACGUCUGGGUGGGAUUGCUCAACUUGGAGAAUACCUACGGCAACGAUGAGACUCUGGAGGAGGUAUUCAAGCGCGCAUGUCAAUACAACGACACCCAGGAGAUCUACGAGCGAAUGAUCAGCAUCUUCAUCCAGUCUGGAAAGAAUGAGAAAGCCGAUGAACUCUUCCAGACUGCUCUCAAGAAGAAGAUCUUCUAUUCGCCGAAGUUCUACAUCAACUACGCGACGUUCCUCUUCGACACAAUGGCGGCUCCUGACCGCGGUCGAGCAUUGCUUCCCCGUGCCCUUCAGUCUCUACCUUCUCACACACAUAUCGAAGUCACUUCGAAGUUUGGCCAGCUGGAGUUCCGGUCUCCAAAUGGAGACGUGGAACGCGGGCGAACAAUAUUUGAGGGCUUGUUGUCUUCGUUCCCCAAGCGCGUCGAUCUCUGGAACGUGCUACUGGAUCUAGAGAUCAAGAUCGGGGACAACGAACAAGUCCGUCGACUCUUCCAUCGCGUUCUGGGAAUCAGCAGUUCCAACAAGUCCCAGUCGAAGAAGAACGGACCUGUUGCGCCAGAGGAAGGAAAGAGGAAGUUGAAGGCCAAACAAGCGCGGUUCUUCUUCAAGAAGUGGCUGACGUUUGAGGAGAAACUUGCCGCUGCCGAAGGCGGAAACGAAAAGAUGGUCGAGGAGGUGAAAGCCAGAGCGGCGGAGUAUGUCAAAUCUUUGCAGGGGGAAUGA